AUUUUACGAUUUGUGUCAGGCCUGGGCCGUCCUUCGAGUGCUUUUCUUUUGUCAUUUUCUUUAACGUGCUCAAAACUUCAUCCGCUAUCGAGAGUAGCGGCGGCAAGCAAGUGUCAUGGUGCGUUUAUAAAAAAAAAAGUGCGUGCACGUUGUGGGCCAAGACUGCUCACCGCCGCAAGAAACUUUUUCGGAUACCAGCGCUUCCCGUGAUGGGUGUGUCGUAGCGAGCGUGGCCUGCUCUCUUUCGUUAUGAUGGCCGGAGUCUUCGACCUAGAACUUCACGACGUCGAGAAUGACAACAACGAUGAAUCAAGCGACGACGCCAUUGAAGUGGACGAGCAGAGUCUAUCGGUGGAACCAAACAUAAACUCAAUCCUCGAGUCGCAGGAUGUGGAGAAGAUCCAGCUGUCCGAGCUUACAGUCAACCCCGAUCAGGAGAAGACUGGCCCUAAAGACUUCGAACUGCUCAAGGUCCUGGGCAAGGGCGGCUAUGGAAAGGUAUUCCAGGUGCGGAAGCUGACUGGAAAAGACGGAGGGCGUGUUUUUGCCAUGAAGGUGCUCAAAAAGGCAACUAUUGUGAGGAAUCAAAAGGACACUGCACACACAAAGGCAGAGAGGAACAUCCUUGAGGUUGUCAAGCAUCCGUUUAUCGUGGAUCUGAUCUACGCAUUCCAAACGGGUGGUAAGUUGUAUCUCAUCCUGGAGUAUCUCAGCGGAGGAGAGCUCUUCAUGCACCUGGAGCGGGAAGGGAUCUUCCUGGAAGACACAGCGAGCUUCUACUUGUCAGAGAUUGUCUUAGCCCUGGAACAUUUACAUCAGGAAGGCAUCAUCUACCGGGAUCUCAAGCCGGAAAACAUUUUGCUGGAUGCCCAAGGUCACGUGAAGUUGACAGACUUUGGGCUUUGCAAAGAGUCCAUCCAGGAUGGUGCAAUGACGCACACCUUCUGCGGGACGAUAGAGUACAUGGCUCCCGAAAUUCUUACGAGGACGGGGCAUGCCAAGGCGGUUGACUGGUGGAGCUUGGGGGCCCUCAUGUACGACAUGCUCACGGGCGCUCCCCCGUACACUGCAGAGAACAGGAAGAAGACGAUAGAAAAGAUCCUGCGAUGUCGCCUCAACUUGCCCCCUUAUCUGACUCCAGAUGCAAGAGACCUGCUCAGGAAGCUGUUGAGGCGGAACGUGCUCCAGCGCUUGGGCAGCGGCGUGGGCGACGCCCGCGACAUCAAGAGCCACCCUUUCUUCAGGCAUGUCAACUGGCAGGAUGUGCUGGCCAGGCACGUCGACCCGCCCAUCAAACCGCAACUGUCGAGCGACGAAGACGUGUCCCAGUUCGACACCAAGUUCACCAAGCAGACGCCCAUCGACAGCCCAGACGACGCCAUGCUCAGCGACAGCGUCAACCAGGUGUUUCUGGGCUUCACCUACGUGGCCCCCUCGGUGUUGGAGGAGCUUCACCGGCCCACGGUGAUCAAGGCCCGCUCACCUCGCAAGCUCACCAACAGCCCUCGGCCACCGUUCAGUCCCGCGCCCAAGCGCCUGGUGCACCCACACUUUGGCCUGGGGGCUCAGCCUGCGCGCGCCAACGGCAGCGUGGCCGGGGUGGGCGGAGGCUCCCUGGAAGAGCAGAUGGACACUACCAGCCUUCCCCUGGGGCCCCCCCAGCACCCUCCAAGGUCCCCCGCCAUACCCACGCGCAAGAUGGCCGCACCACGCUCCAAGCCCUAGCGUGGCCCCAGUGCUGUUUGAAGGGGAGAGGACUGUCCUGGCUUCCAAAAGUCGUCUUCAGUAUUGUCACGUGCCAACUUUUUUUCCAAGCGAGUUCCUGCACCGUGCAAGCUUGGGCUGCGGCGGACAGUGCGCGGCUCCGCUCUCUCUAUCCAAACUCUGUGCCUAGAGUCUCGUGACAAUGAGCAAACAGAAUGUGCCCUUGUGUUGCCAUCUGGACUGCUUUCUCUUCCCCUUUCUGGGCCCAAAAAGUCCAAAUUUUCGGAGGGGAUUUUUUUUUUUUUUUUUUUUUUCCGACUGCAAUCUAGCGAGCAUGUGUGGUUGCCCAUGGUGUCCGAAAAAUGUAUUUUGUCACUUUUUGUGCGCGUGUAGAGUUGUACAGCUAUCUUUGUCCUCGGUUACUCGGCGCUCGCCUAUAAAAACUCCAGAAGUCGCUUCGCCCUUCUCAGCUGCAUUGCAGCGGUUCUGGGGGCGCCUUAAUUAAUAUAAUUAUUUUGUUUUGUUGGGGGCGGGGAAAUGACUGUUACUUCCUUCAGUUUGUGUGUUUGUGAGUGGCAGGUGAAACUGUCUUUGCCUUGAAACCCACUUUGAAAGCCUGGCUAACCUUAGUGUUUGGGGCUGGGCAAGCAUUCAGACUAGUUUGCUUUGCUCGUAUCUUUUCUCUAAACCUUUUAUGCUAGUGUCUCAGUUCCGUGAUGGAGCCAAAAUUUUUAGGAGCACAAUUUUGCCUCCCAUGGGUACACAUUUACCCACUCCGCACAAACGAGUCAUUUUGCUGUUCGUCUGAAAAGACGCAUAAUUUUUGACUUUGUUGUCCUUCAAUAGCUUUCCCGGCAUCAAAGAACAAUGUUCUCGUAGAAAGCACAACUGUACAGUAAUACUCGCCCAACCCUGCCAGCUUGCUUGCGACUGUCAGCCAUAAACCAAAGCACGCAAUUGCACGUGGAACCUUAUGGGUUCUCCCAAGCUCUUGCGCUGGUGCUGUUGCAAUCUUUGUACAGCCUUGGAGACUACCUUCCUCAAGAGCGAGCAUUUGCCAGUACUCUGCUGGGAAAUGGGGGGCAACUCCUCCCCGUGAAAGAUGGUGCCUUAUAAACAAACCACGUCUCCCAAACUACAAGAAAAGAGACAAACAUGUCCGUGGUGUAUGUGUGUGGAACUGGCUGUGCUUAGGGCUGCCAGUACCAAAAAAAAAAGCUAGAUCUAUCAAAGCCCAAAGGGAUGGCAGCAGCUGUAACAACAUGCCGUGGAAAGUCUGCCAGUUGCCUUGGCUACCGAUCCGGGAAGUGUUGACGGUGAACAAGGGACUCUGGACCUGGGGUGGCUGUAAAGAGGGCUUGAGAAGUCUUGAAACAAAAGCUGUACUGCCUUAGCGAGCGCUAAUCGAGAACAGUGGCGGAGGUCAGUCAAAAAGUAGACUCAUCGAAGAAGCUCAUGCUUGCGAGUUUCCUGUGCUUGUGCGCGCUCGCUGUGUUUGCGAUGUGGGAAGCUAGGAUGUGUGUCUGUGUGCGUCCGUUUUUUUUAUUAUUUUUUUUUCUGCUGCUUAUGAAGUCAUGCUCAUGUUGUAUAAAAUAAGUCCAAAGCUGCUUGUACCUUUUGGUUGUUACAGCAGUUGUAGGAUGUUGUUGGUUUUGUUUAGAUUUGUUGAAGUGCUGUCACAAGCACGACAGGCACAUUUUUUUUUUUUUUUUUUGGUUUCUAUUUACAUUGCGCAAUUCCGGGCAGCAGUCAUUCUUAGCAUAUUUAGUGGCUCAAGAACACUCGUAGCGCUUGGAGUGAGAGUAAGAAGGCUACUAAAUAGAUGAAAGCUUGUUGGUGCAACCUCACCGUUUUUGGGACACCAGUGAAUUAAUUUUUUGUUUUUCUUGCUGCAUGCCUCAUUUUUACUGCUCUUCUAUACACACAUGCCUAUUCUUGCUUUGUGUUUUCUAACUACAAAACUCAAGUUAAAAAGAAUUGUGUGAAGAUGUUCAUAUCAUGUUGGAGGCCUUCAUGAAGCUAUUAACAGCCAGGUCGUUUUUAAAGUCUGGUCGAUGGCUGCCGAUUCGCUGCGCAUAUAAUUUAAAAGAGCUCAUGGCCUCUUGAUUAGAUCUUCAUAGGCUGAUAUAUAUAUACAUAUAUAUAUAUUGGUGCACUUUUAAUAUAUUUUGAGUGAUGAUGUGUACAGCUUGUAUACUUAAAGGGCAACUGUAGUCUCCUUCCGUUUUUUUCCUGUCGUGACGAUUCGGCCCUUCAUGGUCUUGUGAUGUCCGAGAAUGUUUGCCAAUCUUCGAUCGUUUCGUUAGUUCGAAAACUUGAAAAAAAAGCACAUUUAGGUUGCAAUAUUGAAAUAAAACUUGUAUGAACGA